CAUAAAGUUAAAAUUCCGCAUAGCGAAGGUACAACCUGGGAAUUACAUGGAAUUGGUUUGGGCUAGAUGUUUAUUCAACAAAAUUACCGAAUAUUUAAUUAACACAAAUACUGCUUUCACUUCUAUUCCUCCUUCGGCCUGCCAUGAAUAAAUUAUCGCUCUCGUUAAUUUGACAAGCGGUGAAAUUUUCUGUUUGACGCGUGUAGCAAGAGGCUUUGUCGAUGUAGACGCAAGCAUGAAAGUAAACAGAAAGGAAACGAAUCUGUUUUGAGUAUGAUUUUUUAAUAGAGAAACGAAAUAUUUAUUCGAGUUUGUCGAUGUAAAUGUUGUUCGAAGCAGCUGUCAGACUUACAAUGUAAGAGCAGGUAUGUUCUUCAAUCUGAUUGGUCGAGAGCGGGAGCGGGGGCUUCUAUUUUGAUUCCUUGUGAAUUUCUCGCGAACUGAUUUGAAUUUCUCGUUGACGGAGGUGAUCUUUAAUAUUCUGAACUUAUGUGACGAAAAAAACAACCCGUUCUGGUCAACGGUUCGGCACGACUAUACAUUUUCUGGCUUGUGAUGUCUCAAUGGAGUAUUUUUCAAUCGCGAGCGACAUCUAAGGUGUAAAAAUCGACGAAGCAUUACUUAGGAGCCAUGCCCAGAUCUUACAACAAGAUGGAUGACACCGACCCUUUGGCCGCGAAUGAGUCUCUGGAAAUGGCUUCUUAUAAUACUUUUGAUCCAGCUUACAAUGGAAUUUACAAGAAUUUUGAUAAUGAUGAAGACAUGAGCAGUGAGAGAGGUUGCUACUUCAAAGAUGGCAAAAGGAGGAUUGACUUUGUGCUCGUCUAUGAAGAAGAAGAAAAGGCUCCUCCACCCAAACAUCUUGAGCAAAGACAGAAGUUCCUGGAAAAUUUAGCCAAGUCUCAACUUGAAUUUGAAGAGGAGGUGACUCAAGACAAGAAAGUCAAGUUACACUUUAUCAAGUGCCAUGCCCCUUGGGAAGUGCUGCUGUUCUAUGCGGAGGAAUUGAACUUCAGAGCACCGCUCGAGCUCCGCACAUCGAAGAAGAUAAACUGGUCAGAAAGAAUCUUGGAAAAGUUUCACAUACCGAAUAUCUUCAAGGAUGAAGUACCCGGCACACCCAAUGAUUACUUCACGUGCACAUUCCAAGCCAACAAGCUCAAUAAGUUUAUUGGCCAUGAAGAUCAAGAUAACUACUUUACAGAAACAGAAAGAACAAGAGUGGUGUAUGAAAUUAUGGAGACAGCUCCAUUUGGAAAGAGACAAAAAGGAGAAAUUGGCAUUAAUCGGCUUGUUGAAGAAGGAGUUUUCAAGGCUGGGUAUCCUCUUCAUGUGGGACCUGCGGAGCUGCCAAAGGAAUGGAAAGAAGGACCAGAUGGACCUGAAGAACUCAAACUUAACAAAAGGCAGAUCCUGAAAGAGUACUGGGCACGAUGGGGAAAAUGGUUGAAAUACCAGCCACUUGAUCACAUCAGGGACUACUUUGGAGAGAAGAUUGGUAUUUAUUUUGCUUGGCUAGGUCAGUACACAGCAUGGCUUCUCAUGCCAUCAUUUGUUGGAUUGCUGGUGUUUCUGUAUGGUGUCAUAACUAUGAAUGGACCUGACAACAAACCUGCCCUUGAUGUGUGUGAAAGUCCUCCAGGAACCUACAUGAUGUGCCCAUUGUGUGAUGAGUCCCUUGGCUGUCAUCCAGUUGAUCUGCACUCAAGUUGUAUGCUGGGCAAGGUUUCAUACUUGUUUGACAAUGCAGCCACAGUUUUCUUUGCUGUAUUUGUCUCCUUUUGGGCGGUGUUUUUCUUGGAGUUUUGGAAGAGAAAAGAAAUAACUCUGGCAUACCACUGGGAUGUUCUGGAGUAUGAGGAAGAAGAGGAACGUCCACGGCCAACAUUUGCAGCUUUAGCACCAACAGUUGAACGAAACCCAGUAACAGGAAUACUUGAACCGCACUUCCCUGAUGAGAAGAGACAACCUCGGGUCUUCUCGGGAAUAGCUAUUGUUAUUACUAUGGUUUCUCUUGUGUUGGUGUUCAUGGUGGGAGUGAUUGUCUACAAGCUGUUGGUUUACCGACCACUGGCAUCCAAUCCAUCGACCCGAGCUCGAGCUCAACAAAUCGCCAACAUCACUGGCGCAUUUGUCAACUUGACAAUCAUCAUGAUCCUCAGCAGGGUUUACGAAAGAGUCGCCUUAGCAUUGACUCAUUGGGAAAUGCACCGAACACAGACAGAGUAUGAGGACAGUUUGACUUUCAAGGUGUUCGUGUUUCAGUUUGUGAACUUCUACUCGUCCAUCUUCUACAUUGCAUUCUUCAAGGGAAAGCUGGUUGGUUACCCCGGACAUUACCGCAGAUUGUUUGGCCUCAGGCAAGAAGAGUGUGCACCUAGCGGCUGUCUUAUGGAGCUGGCUCAGCAACUUGUGAUUAUCAUGGUCGGCAAACAAACCAUUAACAACGUGCAGGAGAUUGUUAUUCCAAUGCUAAAGCAAUGGCUUAAGAGAAAGAAGCGAGGUACCUCCAAAGAAGAAAGCAAACCUCGAUGGGAGGCCGACUAUGAACUGGUGGAAAAUGAAGGACUCUUCCAAGAAUACUUGGAGAUGAUUCUCCAGUUCGGUUUCAUUACCAUCUUUGUGGCCGCGUUUCCUCUGGCUCCAUUCUUCGCCCUUGCCAACAACAUCUUUGAGAUUCGAAUUGACUCAGACAAGUUCGUUUGUGAGGUGAGAAGACCCAUCGCCGACAGGGCUCAAGAUAUCGGCAUCUGGUUUGACAUUCUGGACAGUGUUGCUAAGAUAGCUGUCAUCAGCAACGCUUUCCUCAUCGCCUUCACCUCAACCUUCUUGCCGAAGAUCCUCUACCGCUUUGCAAUAUCAGAAAACAAUUCCUUAGAGGGAUAUCUUAACUUCUCCUUGGCUUGGUCUCCCCAUAACACCACGGCUGUACCAUGCAGAUACGCAGAGUUUAGAGAUCGCGAGGGUCACUUCACCAGUUUUUACUGGCACCUUUUAGCUCUUCGGUUGGGAUUUGUCAUCAUGUUUGAGCACUUUGUUUUCUUUGUUUCUCGUUUGAUCGACUUAUUGGUGCCGGAUGUACCACAGUCGCUGGAGAUCAAGAUCAAGCGAGAAGCGUAUCUUGCCAAACAGGCGUUGUCUGACCACCACAAUCUGAUGGGAGGAAAGAGUGAUGGCGAGAGUGCCGACGAUCUGGAGGAAGAUUAUAUACCGUAACUGAUGUUUGCCUUUGUUAAUAGAAAGGAAAUUGCAAGUCCUGAAAAUGUACAUUGCGUGAUCGUGUCACACAAUGCACAAAGUUGCGUGACUGGGCUAUGUAGAGGGUCACGUGGAACCGCACGACGUCAGUUUUUCCUUAUUUGGCUAUCGUUAACUUUAAUUUCGAAAAUUAUCCCGUUUUCCUCGUUAUUUUUAGGUCUUGCAAACCAUUUAUAAUUCAGUAGCUAGCUGAAAUUGCAGAUUUGAAAUUGUAGUUGAGAUGCGGAGUGCUCUAUCUGUGUGGGUGUAAAAGUAACACUGGUGAUGGUGUUGGUCAUUGGUUUAAAGAAUAAGAAAAUAACUAUUGAUAUAUUAUAUAUAUCCUAAAAAUCAACUAUUGUCGUGCGUAGAUUUAGUCGCUAAUCAGCUGACUUCGUCGCUAUUAAUCAAAUCAAAGUUAUAAGGUUUUUAGUGCGUGCAGGAGAGAACGUAUGCUCAAAUUUUGAUAGUUCUUUUCUUUCUGAAAAUUACACAUCACAUCCAUGAAUUCCUUAAACUUACUAGCUCGUCGCCGUUUCUGUUUCGUUUGUUUUUCUUCUUCGUCAUCUUCCCUGUUAAGUUGUCAGUGACGGUAUGAAGGUUCCUUCGGUUUCCAUUGUUCAGUUGUAAAAUAAUUUUCUAAAGUUGAACACGGUCAGAGUCCUUACACUUUGAUGUGGGAGACUGUUUAUUCCAUUCAUUAAAUCCAUCAUAGCUGUCAAGGUCACUUGGUGAUAACAGAAAAAAAUUUAUUUAUUAGCAUUAAAAAAAAACCUAAGUUAUACGUCGUAGAUUGAUCGCAAUUAUUAUCAAAAUGUAAGUAACGAGGAAUGUCCAUGUGACGACGAAUUGCUAUUUGAUUUUCAGAUCUUUAUAUAUUGUUUGUUUUUAAUACUGUUAUUUUAUAAAUCUCCUGCAAGGGGAAUAAGUUCCAUUUAAUGACAUAGAAUGUCAAGAUAUUUUCCGCCAUCUACCAAUGAAAGAAAUCUAGGAAAAUCGGUGGAUUGAGAGAUAAAAAUCGUAUUCGGAUGCAACCUGGUUUCCAGGGUCCUCUCUCUUCCUCCUUUAAGGACCCUGGGAACGAGGCUGAUUUUGAAGAUGAAAGGGAAUAGAUGACAUUAUUUCAGAUGAGUAAGCGAAAUUAAAUCUGGUCUUGUUGGUGUUUUAGCGAGAUGAAAACAGACCAAAACCCACUAGUCAAUUGUUACAGGCGCCACAGAAUCUUUAAAAUUACAUUUCUUACCCCCUUUGGGGCUCACUAAUGUUUUCUGAGUUGAAUGUAAUUUAUUCAGGUGAUCUAUUCUAUUGGAAUUUUAAUUUACAGUUCGUUACGCUAGAUGAGCUAGCAAGUGGUGACAUGGAAAUUCGAUUUCGUUUUGUUUUCCAAGAAAAGUUAUAUUUGAAAAUUAUAUAUUAUGUUAUUAAGUUCUAUGGGAUAUAUGUUGGCAAGGCAACAUUGUAUAAUUUUGGGAUGGAGAGUGUAAAUACCCGUUAUUGGGGCUCCAAAUUGUUUUCACCUAGUUUAGUGUAUAGGCGACUUGAUCGCUGUGUUUAGUAUCUUCCUGUCGUAAAUAUUGGUUUAGUUAGUUACAGCUUGGACGUUCAGGUUUGGUUCAAUAUCUUUGUAGUUAUUAGUUUUGAUAAAGUAUGUGAGGCUGUGAUAUUUGUUCUCUCUGCUACAAUAAAUGAUGCAAUUAGAAUUACCUUAAAAAAUUCGGAUGACAAUGAGUGGAACUUGCUUUUGAUUAUGAAAACAAAUUUCACUUCCUUUAACUUUACUGCACUAACUUAAUUCAGGUAUAGCGUCCUUCUGAAACCAAGAUUAGAAUCUUUGUCAUAUAUUUAACGGAUUUGGUUUUAUAGGUUGAGUAGCAGGGAUACCUUGAAUCGUGUAGUGGUGUACCUAGUAACUGGAUAGUAACAGCGGUUAUUUAUGUCGUAUGAUAGUCUGUGGUAUAACACUCAAGGGCGGUGCACUGCCUGCUGGCGGGUGGCCUGGGACUGUGUUAAAAACGUGCAAGAGUGGCUCAAAUAAACUGGUUCGUUGGACAAUAUUGUAUU